UAUUUAGCCUUACAAAACACUUAAAAUGUAUUUAACUCCAACAAGUAUAAAAUCUAUGGCAUUUCAUGCGCAGUUGAGAACAGCAGUGUAUCGGCAUUUGCAAGUAGUAUUCUUGAGUUUCAGGUCCACCUUUUUGGUUUUCUUGUCUUGAAACAUGAAAACUCGAAGAGCAAAGCGUUCUCCGGUAUUCUUUUUUCUUUUUUCUUUUUUUCUUUCCGGCCACAUGUUUUUCAGUAGUUCUCCUAGAAUCUUGAGUUCUUGAUAAUGAUUUGAUUCUAAUGAUUAUGCUGAUUGAGAAUUACAUUUGGUAGCAGCCAUUUUGGCCCUCCAUUGUAAUGAAAAAAUGGCUGAACAUUAAGCCUAAGGCCCAUGACUUUAGUGAGGAUGAAGUUGACACUGAAACUGAGAGUGAAGAUGACGUUGACUCCCUUAAAGAUGAAAGAAUCGAUCAGGAUCAUGCCCGUAGGAUCCAGGGGAGCCAAUCUGUAUGCCAGAAUGAAGAUUCAGGUAAUUUACAAAUUUUGGUUCUGUGAAAUCUUUCUAUAAAAUUGAAAACUAGCUUUCUUUCGUACCUACAAAGAGCAUGCCUGUAUAUUGAGGUAAAUAGGUUUUCUCUAGUUUUUUUCACUUUUAUGAUCAUUUCAAACUCCACAGCUUGGCAACUAGCAGUCCAGUGCAAGUGCAAAUUGAUUGGUUAAUGCUUCCUUUCUUAAAUGGGAAUUAUUCAAAGGAAUACUCGCCGAGACACAGGAGAGGAAAAUCAGAAACUCUUAGAGUUCAGUAUAUAAGCAGAAGAGAUGUGAGAGUGACAAUAGGUACUUGGAAUGUUGCUGGAAGGCUACCAAAUGAGGAUCUUGAGAUUGAUGAGUGGCUGUCUACCCAAGAACCUGCAGAUAUGUAUAUUCUUGGUUUCCAGGAGGUGGUUCCUUUGAACGCUGGAAACGUAUUCGGAGCAGAAAAUAGAAGGCCAAUUCCAAAAUGGGAGGCUAUAAUACGAAGGACCUUGAACAAGUCACCAGAGCGUGAAUCUAUACAGAAAAGCUACAGUGCUCCUCCAUCCCCAGUAUUAAGGACUUCUGCUGCUGCUGACAUGCUUGCUGAAGUUGCAGAAACUCCUAUCCUAGACACUAUCAGCAUGCAGUCUAUUGGUACCAAUGGGAUAUGUGAAACUGAGAUGACUGUGGCGAAGGACAUUCAAUUGCAGCGAAUAUUUGGAAUGGACAGCAACAAUAGAUUGGACUGGCCUGAACGUUCACUGGAUGCUACACCUCAAGUUCUUUCUUCUAGAUUGAAGUUGCGAAGAGUUUUGAGCAGCUCCGGAAGGAUGAAUGAAAUGUCUGAGGAGAGUCGUGGGUUGAAAAGGGUGCACCACAGCUCCGGAAACUUAGCAAUGAUGUGGAUGGAUCAGCAAGAUGGACUUGAAGUUCUUAAUCCUCUCUCUGAUGGGUCUGAUCAAUAUUCUGAGGAGGAAGACGACUCUUUUCUGGAACUAAGUGAGGCCAAACAAAAACUUGAGGCAAAGGAUCCCGUAAAGUUGCGCCCCAGGUAUGUCCGGAUUGUCAGUAAGCAGAUGGUUGGGAUAUAUGUGUCAGUUUGGGUGCGUAGAAGGUUGAGGAGGCACAUAAACAAUUUGAAAGUCUCUCCUGUGGGUGUUGGGCUUAUGGGUUACAUGGGAAACAAGGGAUCUAUUUCUUUGAGCAUGUCACUUUACCAGUCACGGUUGUGCUUUGUAUGCUCUCAUUUGACCUCUGGACAAAAAGAAGGGGCUGAACAUAAACGCAAUGCUGAUGUAAACGAGAUUCUAAGAAGAACUCUGUUCUCCUCUGUCUUUGAAAGUGAUCAGCCUCAGACAAUUCCAUCUCACGAUCAGAUAUUCUGGUUUGGGGAUUUAAACUAUCGCAUCAGUAUGUUGGAUGAAGAAGUACGGAAGCAUGUUGCAAACAAGAAAUGGAAUGAACUUCUUAACAGUGAUCAGCUUAGCAAAGAGCUACGAAGUGGGCAUGUAUUUGACGGAUGGAUGGAAGGGGUCAUAAACUUUGCCCCAACUUACAAGUAUGAAUUCAAUUCUGACAGAUAUGUUGGCGAAGAUCCAAAAGAAGGGGAGAAGAAGAGAUCACCAGCAUGGUGUGAUCGCAUUCUGUGGUUGGGAAAAGGCAUAAAGCAGCUGUCUUACAAGAGAACAGAGCUGAAGCUCUCAGAUCAUCGUCCUGUCAGUUCAAUGUUCUCGCUUGAAGUUGAAAUCUUUGAUCAUUGCAAACUCCAUAAAGCUCUGAAAUCCAGUGCAGCAGUGCAUCCUGAUAUUUUCCUCAAUGAAGGUGGGGAAUUUGAGAUGUAGCAUACUGAUAACAAGUCAAGCAGUGUAAAAGGUAUACAGGCUUCAAUGGACUGAAUAAAAGUUUAGUGGAUAGUAGAAGUUCAUCAAGCCCAUAGGAAAAACCAACUCUUUCUCUCCCUUAAAAUGCGCUCCAGAGACGUAUCUCAAAGUAUCAUCCAGAGGCCUUUGCAUUUUAAAGAUGGUAGAACGUACUAACCUUGAUCCAUAAAGACCAAGUUAACAACAACAACAGCUAUGACUUUGGAGCAUCUGUAUCUGUAUGGUAUAAGAAUUUGAUAGUUUCUUUGAAUUCACAAGGACAAAGAAGAGGUGACUUUCUUCAUAUGUACAUAGCAGGAAGAACCACACGAGCUUGUUUUUAACUUUCUUUUGUUUCUCUUUUUCAGCUGGAGUGAGUCAUAUCUUGCCAGUUUUCUGAGUUUAUGUGGAUGUGGGGAAAUUCAAUUGUUCCUUUUAUGCUUAAUGGGCGGGGAAGGGAUUUUUUUUUUAUGUAGAUGAUAAAAUUUUGUCUGUCCUCCUAUCCUUUGUGAGCAGAUGGGGACCUUACUCUGUAACAGAUUGUCUAUGUGGAAUACAUAAGAAGCAGCUUUUAUGAUCC